AUGGACAGGGAAGGAAUUCUUUUCGUAGAUAAUCUUGUUAGAAGGGACAUUGAACCCAAAACAAAUCGUAAUCAGAGCUUAACAAGCAUCAUGAAAGUCUGUGUAACACUGAGGUAUCUAGCCACAGGAGAAGUGCAAUUAAAUGAUGCCGACAUCCACGGUGUUUCUCAACCAACGAUAUCAAGGGCCAUCACAGAAGUAUUAGCUGCUUUAAAUCAGCCACACAUCAUUAGUCAGUUUAUCCACUUUCCAACAACCGCACCUGAAAUUAGAGAAAUUAAACAGGAUUUUUUUGGGAUUGCUUCAUUUCCAAAUGUAAUUGGUGUCAUAGAUGGCACACAGAUACAGAUUCAAGCUCCAUCAGACAAUGAAGCUGAAUAUGUAAAUAGGCUAAAUUACCACAGCAUAAAUACGCAGGUUGUGUUUGAUGGAGAAGACAGAAUUAUAGACCUCGUCGCUAGAUGGCCGGGAUCAACCCACGACAGCCGGGCUUUAAGAAAUAGUGGCCUUUGGGGUUUGUUUGAAGGUGGUUUGGUCCCACCAGGCAGUUAUCUUCUUGGGGAUAGUGGCUAUCCUUGCAAAAGGUGGCUACUAACCCCAUACCUAAAUCCAAAUCCAGGAUCACAGACAUCCUAUAACAGAUCACAUCGUACAACCAGAUCAAAAGUGGAACGUGGCAUCGGACAACUUAAGAGGAGAUGGGGCAUUCUGCAUAGUGAAAUCAGACUUCAGCCACAGAAAGCAUGCCAAGCAAUAAUAGCCUGUGGAAUAUUGCAUAACAUUUGCAAGGCAAGAAACAUUCAGAUGCCUGCCAAUCUACCUGUGAACAACUACCAGCAAGGCCAAGUACUGCCAAAUGUACUACCACAAGACGGCCUGAGAUUUAGAGACCAUGUGGCAAUUACGCAUUUUUGAAAAACUGAAGAACAAAAUUCACAGAUAUUAAUGCCUAAUAUACCAUAAUUUGCAUUUUUCUUUCACAAUGAUAAUUUCUUCUCCCAUGUUUGUAACUGAUUUGUUUAUUGCAAAUUCUAACAUGCCUUAACAUAUAUCUCUAUAUCUCAUCUACUGUUUUUGAUUAAGGACAUAUUAGAAUCAAAAUAAUAUAUAGCAAAACUGUGUUUUAACACUAUUAUACACUACGGCAGUAAUAUGUCAUAGACACAUAAUUUCACUAGAGGUGCGUCCUCAUGAAAUUAUCACACCCCAUGCAUAACCGCCUGUCGUGCAUAAAUAGUAUUAAACACUCUUUUCCUAUAAAUAAUAUCUUAAAUAAAGAAAGAAUGAAGUGUGGAAUUGUGUCAAAAACCUGUUCUAAGGCCUAAAAAAAUAUUUGUUUCUGGUAAAAUGCUCAAAAAAAUUGGGUAGGUAGGUUGGAAAACUUUCUUUUUUGAGACUUUUCGGAAAUUGUUUUUAUGUCAAAAAAUAAGGGGUUAUGCCUUUAGAGCAUAAGUAAGUUGAUUUCUAACAUCAUUAACCAUGUUUAAAGCAUAAAAAGUGAAGUUUUGCAACGUUUUGUUAAAAAGCUGAAACAAUUACUCUCUUAGGCCAUAAAAACAUUUAGGGUUGGGCCAAAAAUUUAGGGUAUUUUGGGAUACCAGAAAGAAACAAUAUUUUUACCCCUAAUGUUUUCAAUAAAGUCAAACGUAACCUAUACUACAUGUUAUAAUGUGUAUGUAACAAUGAGGAUAAACAAUGCCCUUUGGUGAUUUUUCGGGAGAUUUACCAUGGUUUAUCAAUUAUCAUUAAGAUGCAUGGAUAUUGAACCACUCACAAUACUCCUUUACUCAAACACAUCUGACCUUCUAACCAUUUUGAAUCAGAUGACAAACAACUUGAAGGCAUUUUUAUUUAAU